AUGUUCGCUUUAUUCAUUUCCUGUUUUAAGCGCUUCCACCUUUCAUUCCUUGGCCAUUUCUUUUUCCGUGAUUUUCUUCAUUCAUUUUCUUUUUUUUUUUCUUUCCUCUGUUGUUUUUCAUUUUCUUCUUUCCUUCCCAUCUUCCUUUCUGUUUCUUCCCGUAUUUUCCUUCUUUCGUUCCUUUUUUUUUUCUUUUUGCUUGAAAUCUUGCAUUUUCCCCUGCCCAUUCGUCUACUCGAUUUUUCAAUUAUUCUUUUCUUCUUUCUCUCUUUCGUUUUAUCUUUUCUUCUUUUCUUAUUUCUUUUUUACGAUAUUCUCUUUCCUUUACUUCACUUAAUCUUUUUCUUUCUUUUCUCUUUUCUACGUAUUUCUUUUCUUUUCAUUUCUUUCUUCUUCAUUUUGCUUAAUUCAUUUUUAAUCUUUUCCUUUCUUUCAUAUUUUUCUUUUCUUCUUUCCUUCAUUCUUUUUUUCUUCGCUACAUGUUUACAUAGUCCUUUCUUUUACAUUGGUUUAGUUCUUCAUUUCUAUUUUCUUUCGUUUCUUUUCUUCGUUUUCUUUCAUUCUUUUAACGUCUCCCUCUUCUUCCUUUUUUUUAUUUUUCUUUCUUUUUGUUCGUUAUUUAUCGUUUCCACACUGUGUCGUAUCUUUUCACCUAAAUUCCCAUCUGAUCAAGCAGUCUUUCCCAUUUCCAUCGACUUCACUUCCCCUCUUUUUCUCUUUGUCCUAUUUCCUUUCAUUCCUCUCUUUCCUCCUCCUUUCUCUUUUUUUAUUCUCCGGGCUUUUACUUCCACUCAUAUUGUUUCUCUCUCCUCUCUGUUUUUCACUCCGUUCAAAUUUUCUCCUCUUACACUUCCUCCUUUGCUCAAGUUUUUCUCCUUCUAUCACUCUUUCGCACUCAUAUCCCUCUCUUAUCAUCCCUCUCUCAUGCUUACUUUCCUUCUUUUUACAUUUACGAUUACUUUUUUUUUAUUUUCCAUCUGCAUUUUAAAUGUUUUAAAUUAA